UCAGUGUUUCGUUUUCGGUUGAAUGGGAAACUGUGUGUUAAUAUGCAUAUUGUUUGUUAAGAGCGGCAUGGUUUUGUUGAAUUAAAAUUCGAUAGCAACGGAGAUAAUAUGUGUGAGGCCCAAAAUUAUUCCAUGCUUGUUAACUUACGUGCUGCCAUUUUGGUAUAUUCAAUGAAAUAACUAGAAAAGUGGUAAAUAAGUUCAUUCGGUCACGGUAGUAAAUAGUUUAGGGUGCAAAAUUCACCGAAGCCAAAUUGCAUUCGCAAGUAGAAAAUGGAAGAGUUCGUUGUUUGUGUGAGUGGAGUUUAAGAAAGAAGUGCGCUGAAAAGGUGGCAAAAAGCAAAAGCAAACGCAAACAGAACGACGCAUUAUUAAAGUGUAAAAGAGCCAAAAGGGAAGCCAAUUGUAGUGUUCGUGCAAAUGAUGUACACCAAAUGCGAUAAGAAAAUCGAGUUCCAUUAAGAGCGGUAGUGGCUGUGUUAUUGCUGUUAAAAAAUAUAAAAUGAAUAAGUGUUUGUGAUACGAUAUGAAAUAUAGUCCGGAUUGUUCAUGAAAAAGCAACGUCAAAUGUGAUCCGCUCAAAGUCCAAACAAUGAAGUAACACAUUUAUGGAACGCAUCCAUCCAUCUGUAAUAAUAAUAAACUUGUCCAUGUGUGUGUUUGGCUAAUGCUAAAUGCUAUCAUGAACUCUCUUAGUAUAUACAAUUCUGUAAAUUUAAGAAACAGGUGUCAUUCUAUAAAGUAAACAUUUACUAGUUAUGUUUGGGCUCGCAUAAGAGUAUAUUUUUGUGAAAUCAGUACUCCAUUCAACGGCUGGGCCUAGGUUUGAAUACUCUGCACCCACAAAUAACAACGAGCAAACAACAGCGAAAAGACUGAAGAAGAAAAUAAUGAACAUGUGUCGAAGUCAACCACUGUGAGUAAUAAAGAAGAAACAACUGCAACAACAUGAAUAAAAAAACGACUACUCAGGCGAAUAGGAACAAGUAAAGUGGAUGAGAAUGAAGUAUCAAUAGAGUUGAUAGAAGAGCACUUAAAACUACAUAUUUGGAAAAUUACUGCGAAAGCUUAGAAUUAAAAUAAAUCGUCGAAAAUGGAGAAGGCAACUCUAGUUCAUCAACAAUAUCAACAAAAAUUGCAAACGCAAGAUGCAGCCGGCAAUGCGAAUCUAAGCAGAACUAAAAAUGAAAACGAAAUAGAAAUGGAAAAUGAACACAAACCCGAAAAAGAAGGCAAACGCCAAAGUACUGAUACUAGUAAAAAUUGCGGCGAUGAAAAUACGAAAAUAAUAAGACCAAUAGAAACAAUAAUGCCACCAAUUACCGCAACAGCCACUGUAGAGGUAAUCGAAAUAGCACCAAAAGCGGCGGAAACGGUGGCUAACAGUAACGAAGAGACUGAAAACGCGGCCAUGGUGGGCGCUGAUGCGACGAAGAUGAGCUCAGCGACACCUCCAGACACAAAUUCACACACAAACACAAAAACAAAAGCAACAACAGCAAUACCAAACAAUUUAGCACAUGCAACAACUACAGACGAAAGCAAAACUAUAUCCAAUUACAAGUUGAGAGAAUUCGUGGUACCAUCCAUACCCAACGCCAAGGCGGGCAGCACGAACGUGACAAGUGGGGGUGGUGCAAGCAGUGGGACUGGUACCAGUGCCAAAAAGAAACGUAAUAAAGUCUUAAAAAAACGCGAAGAAAAUGAAACACGCAGGAAUGAUAACAAAAAAACGGCGGGUACCAAUAAUAUCGACAGAGGUGCAACCAACGGAGUUCGAAGCCAAGGUAACGCCAUCUCAGUCGGUUCGUCAAAUAAUGAUACCGUCAGCGCCGCAGCCAACAUGAAAACAUCUGUAUCAAUGACGUCACUGCCACCCGAUGACGAAAAGUCGGAGAGUCGUGACGUAAUUAGAGCGAAGCUAAGAGUCGAACGUCCUUACAACAGCUUAAAGAAAAACAUUGAACGUAACGUUGUUGGGUCUACGUUGGGCGUGAAGGCGCAUUGCUUUAGCCAAAGCCAAAGUAGUACGAGUAGCUUCGCAAACCAUCGCUACUCGUGGGGUAGCGGCUACAGCUACAGUUCGUCAAGUUUGCAUAGCAGUGCUACAGUUGGAUUGGGUUCGGCUAAAGACGACCUAUGGGCGGCAAUCCAAACAAACUAUAACUACAUCAUGGACACAAAUUUGUUGGAUUCGUGCAAGGAGGCCGAGCGACAUCUGGCGGAACAGACUGAGCACACCAAUGACGAGCAUUGUGAACAGUCACAGUGUUGUUUGAAGUUACUUGGUGUAACACAACGCCGCGAAAUGUCGUGGCAUGAUCCGAAAGAGCUGCGCAAAUGGCUGCGAGAAAUGGAAGAGCGUUUAGAGACGGCCCCCACGUUGUCGGUUGCUACGGCAUUAACGACAGCAGAGUUGCAGCGCUGUUUAGCAGAGCAUUCGGUGUUGUACCAUGAAAUCGUAUCACAUGCACGAGUGGUAAGCGCCUGCAUUCGGGCUGCAUCAGAAAAGCAUCAAGGGCAGGUGCAUCUGCAACAACAGCAAGAAGAGGAACAGCAGCUGCAAUCUCUUGAUAGUUGCAGCACAACAAUCGCGGAACAGACCAAUUCAUCAAUCACAUCCAACGAAGAGGAAGUAUUGUCAACAGAGACACCAGCUGACAGAGCCGAUGGUGAAUUAGGCAGUGACAAUAGCAGCAGCGGAAUUGAAACUGCAGAAAAAUCGUAUUUGUCGCCGAAGAAGCCAUCUGUUAAUUCCACUACUGGUUCUUUUGAUUUUGAACAAGCAGCAAAUUCCAAGAUUGUUGAGGAUAGCUUGGAGCGCUUGCAGAACCGUUAUCACUUGUUAUAUUUGAAGGCAUUCGAGGUGCAGCUUUGGCUUGACGGUUUGCUGCGCAAAAAAAGCUCAACUGGGAAUAUUAUUUGUGCGGCUAAUUACGUUGAUGAUCAAGACAAUGAAUGCAAUUCUUCAGAGUGCGAUGAGGAUGAAGCUGCUGCAACAGAAGACGAUUUAAAUAUUCUUGGUUCCGGAAUCGAGAGCGAUAUCACCCAUAACUCUUCUUCAAUUUAUGAACUACAGAAUUGUGCUGAUUUGGUAAAAGAGGUCGAUUGCGACGCUACAAAGGGCGACUGCGAAGACGGUGACGACGAAGAGGAGGAGGAGGACGAGGACGAAGUGGACUUCGGCCGUUCCAGACUUGAUUGGCCAGGACGAGGCUAUAGCGCCGUACUGGUAACAUUCGACAAAAGAGGCGGUGUUGGCGGAUCUGCUCGCGCGACCACUCUCACCGACUUUGAGGCUGAUUCGGAGAGCAGCGACUGGGAGACAACACAGCAGCAGGUGUCUGCCCAACGUAAGCCGUACAACGCCAUUUUAUGCUCGAAACAGCAGCUAGAAAAUAAAGCGAUUUCAAACAAUUCAAAUUCAUUCGGCACACCGGUGAUUGGAGAGAACAGUGGCCGCAACGACAUUACCCUAAUACAGUCUGAUAUUUACACCUCUAACACUGAUACCGCUGACAGUUUAGUUGUGCAUAAACAGGGAGAAAAUGCGUCUGCAAAUGCAUCACCUAUGCCGAUGAAAUCGAAAAUGAAUAAGAUGAAUACAGAUGGCGAACAAGAGAUGCUAGCUCCGAUGAGCGCUUCCACUGUCGCCAUCACAGCCGUCACAGCCAUUACCAACACCGCUAACAAAACCUCGACGGCAACACAGACCCAGCAGAAGCUCCAAACCUUGCACAAUAACAAACAGGUUGGUGCACCGACCAAACAAAAGAGCAUCGCUGUCAUUUCGCCGAACAGUCACAAUAAUAAAUCGCCGACCGUGUUGCGCAAGCGGCAGCAGCAACACCACACUGACAUCUCCAAGUUUAAUCGAUCUAAUCGCAAAUCGAAAAACUGUGCCGUUUUCUACUUUAAACAUUUAGACACCGACAACCAGACGAACUGCAGCAGCGUUGGCGACGAUGGUUUGUCAUCUUCCACUUCACAAACAAACGAACAUCACUUACUGAAAUCCGCUGACGCAUCAUCGGAUGACGAUGGCGGUUGGUUGUACUCGUCGGUCUUGCCGCCACAAAUGAACGAGUUGCCUAGUGAAUGUGCUAACAAAGGCAGCAGUGACAAAAGCAACAACUGCAUCACAACCAUAGUCAUCGACGGAGUUCAGUCGUCCGCGGUGUCAUCCACCACGGCAGUAACAACAACAGCAACGGCCAUCGCCAUUAUUAGUGACGACUCAGAUAAGGAGAACAAGGAAGCACGCGCCGCAACAUUGGUAACUGCAGCACUAACAACAACACCGCCUCCAGCGCAAGCUCCAACAGUGGCCGCAUCACAAGCAUCAAGUAGCAACACAUCGUCAUCUUCAUUGUCGCAAAGUCACACACAAAAUACACACGCCGAAAUUCAAUUGACUCCGGUGGCAGCAAUAGAAACAGCAGUGCAACAGUCCGGUGCAUUGGCAUCGUCGGCAGCUCGAUUGGUUGCCAAAAGCAGCGUGGUAAGCUGUGGAAGUGGCAGCAGCAGCAGCUAUAGCACCAGAAGUAGUAGCUGCUCCUCAAACGAUCUGCUCACCGAGACGACAUCGGCGACCAAUACAACACAAGUCACACAAAUGCAUUUCCAAUGCAUGCAUCGCUCCGAAGUGGAAUUGCAAAUCGACAGCAACUGUAACAAAUCCAAGCAAAUGAUGAACGACGGUGCGACCUGUGGUGUAACCACCGGCAAUUCCCAUAGCAAUAAUAAUAAUAAUACUUAUGUUGAUAACUGCAACAACAAUGAGGGCAGUGCCAACUCUAACACUAAUAAUAAUCAGUAUGCUGGAAUGAUGCACCAACAGCAACAAAAGCGGCUGCUACAACCGCAGUAUUGUGAGCAGUUCGAUAUUUCAAAUGGAAAUCCACAAAAGAAUGAACUGCCAUAUUCCGUCCGCUGCCGCACUAAGCACAAUAUUGCUUCAAUUAACAAAACUCCAAUGAAACACCAACAAUCGCAGCAAAUGGAGACUAGAAAAGGUCUACUGCCUCCACGUUCGCCGAAUAAGUCGUUAAAGACGCCACAGUCGACGGCGCGAGGUGAAAACAUCGGUGCUGUUAACGUGACAAAGGGUACACUCUCGCAUGAAUCUAUCAAACAGCUGGUACUUGAAGCAGAGCAUUUAGUACGGGACGCCGAGGCAUUAAAGACGCCGAAUAAGCAGAAACAGAAGCAUUCCGUCAUCAAAUUGUCGUCAACAGUGAAAAAACGAGAGGUGAUCAUGCCAGGCCCGAUCAAACAACGUGUCCAAGAGUGGCUGGAGCACCAACCAUCAACGCCAACUCAAUUGCACAGGAAUCCUACGGGUGAAUUACAUGGUAAUGCGAAUGUAAAGGCAGGCGAUGACUGUGAAGCAUCGGGCGAAGCAUCGGAAACAGAUUCCGUUCCACAGCCUGGUUCAGAUACUUCUGAGGGUCACACAGACUCCAUAGCUACCUGUAUGCAAACUAGCACAAACUCGUACGGUGGCAACUCCACCGAAUGCUUUGGAGGCUCCGCAGAACCAAUUCUCAGCCCAACGACGGUACUAGGCUAUGGAAGCAGCAACCAGAGUUUAAAUGUGAAGAUUGUGAAACGGUCACAGGCACGCCGUAAGUCGGAACGACCAUGGUCGGUGUCGUGUUUGUCGCAAUUGACCACCGAAACAGUGCAAACGGCGACGGCUGUGGCAACGGUAAGCAACGUGCAAACUGGUCUCGCCACGCACUCUAUCAGUGAGUCGGCACUGGACUCUCUAUCGCCUGGUCGCCAACGUGCCUCCUCCUCGUCCACCACUAAUGUAACCCAAGUGAAAGUGUGCAAUAGUAAGGGUUCGUUGAAGCGGCGCAAAACACGCAAGAAGAAAAUGUCAUCUGGUACAAAUAUUGGCAUGGUUGCCUCUAACGCACAUUCGGCUGGCAAGAAAACCCCAGAUUCUUUGUCAGAGGACACAGCCGAGGUGCCGCGACUCGCGCAGACGCUGCUCAUGAAGUCGUGUGAAUCGAUGUCUGCCCACCAAAUACGCGAGAUAACGAGCGCGCUCUUGAGCUUGCAACGCAGUAAUGUCACAGUGGCAAACGAGGGCGCUAUAGGCGGCAAUAUCGGUGUGGCGCAAAACGCGUUGGUACAAUCGCAGUCGCAACAGCACGCAGUGCCAGAAAAGCAGAACGAAAGCGGCGAGGAGGCGCAGUUGAUGAAACCCAACUUUCGCGUGGGCUCCUAUACUUCGGCAUACAUGCGCAAUGAGAAGCGGUUAGGGUCGUUGGCAGCAUUGGCCACCUAUAUGAACGAUGAAGAAGAACAGCAAGGAGAAUACACCACUGGUACUGAGGAUCAUCACAGCAGUUUCUCGGAAACAGCCUGGGACAACUAUCAAGAAAAAUAUAAUUCAGAGAACUACUCUGAAGGAUUCGAUUCGGACGCAGCCAGAAAGCUAAUGGAAUUCGGCGACGAUUACCGAAAUUUCAUCGAUUCGCAGUCGGAUUGCUGUUCUUCGCUAUCUGCUGCUAAUAAUUUAGAUUCGUUGUCUCCGCCACGUAUGGACUCAUUGCAGCAAACGGACACAAAAACCAUUACGCAAGACACAAUUGCCAACAGUGUGGACCAUGCUAGACGUCGUCGUGCGCUUGACUUGGAGUAUGAAAGAAGACGUAAAACAUUAGAGGUUCGUCGCAAAUCAUGUCAAGGUAAGCACAAAGUCCAUGCAAAAAAGUUCACCCAACUUAUUAUCUUUUCCGUUAAAGAUUCAUCAGACACGCAGAAUACACACAGUUCGGUGUCACUGUCAGCUUCAGCAAAUGCUAUUACUCCGAAAAUUGGUAUGGAAAAAUUAAAUCAGCAACAAAAACUGGAUUCAACUAGCCGCAAAUUGGAAUUCGGAAUGAGCCAUUCGGCACAGUCCUUGCGUCGCACAUCAGAAAGUGACACAUCAACACGUCGUCGUAAAGUUGACGACCGUCGUCGCUCUUCACGCAACCUGGAUAAAUGCAUCAAGGUCAUACCGGCCACCUCUUCGUCCAGCGGCGAUGACUCCGACGACGAAAAGGAGAUGCGUAAUUUAUUACAGCAAAGCCGCAACCGCCUAGAAGACACCGAAGCCCUAAAAAUACGCUGCCACCUAUUGCGCCCUGAGGAUUACACGGAGAUUAUCAACACUUGCCGUGAUAAUAUUCGGUGUCUGGAGGCUGUUCUGCGUGGCCCUCCUGGCACAGUACUCUCCGCACAGUGUGCCGGCCAAACAAAAGAUCUGUUAGCAGCCUGGGAGGAUCUGUUAGGCUGGAGCGAAAAUGCUGCAUCCGCACGUAAAAUGCAACAAGAAAUGAUCAUUCUCAAGCACUCUCUGAGUAAAUUGGGCAACAAGAGUUCGUUUGAACUGUUAGACACAGAACCGCAGAUCCAAGUCGCCAUCGAGUCUUUAAAGAGUGAAAAAACGGUGUUGCAGAAUUAUCGCACAAAUAUGCUUCGCCUGAAUGCCAGUGUGCACAGUUGGUUAACACGUCAGGAAAGACGCCUGCAGAAAGUAUUGGCAGAGAAGGAAUUGCAAGAAGCUGGUGAGGAGGUCAUCAAUGAGCCUGAGCAGCUCGUAUCCUCUGCAGUGAUUCAAGAUAAGAAGGUUGUAGUAACGACAGAUUUCAAUAGCAAUACGCGAGAUAACGUAAUCAUUGGCACCGCUACUAUGACUACUUCGAUCGGCACAAGUACGAUGAGUAAGGGCGCCAAAGUAUUGGAUAUACACACACUAAUCAAUGCCGAGAAUGAAUUCCACAAGCACUUGAAGAACGAAGUGAGUGACAUGUACAGCGCCUGGGACGAUGCUGACGCAAGAAUAAAUACACAAUUGGAGACGCUUACAAAUUCGUUGAUCGCUUGGCGACAGUUGGAGAAUGGGCUGUAUGAGUUCCAGCAAGCGCUUGGGCAGGAUCGUGGUACGUUAAAAGGUCUGGAGGGUGCUCUGGACAAAGGUCAAGCUACCCCAGUGGAGCUCGCUCAGAAUGUUAAAGUUGUGGCUAAAUUACUUUCAGAGCGUGUAAAUGUUAGUCAGGAACAGCUUACAGCGGUGCAGGAGCAUCUCGACCCUAAUCAUAUAUUACAUAUCGCAAAAUUCACAGCUUCCAACGGUUCGCUUUCGGACUCUGGAAUUUCCGACGGUGGUGCUACUUCGGACGGUGGGCUAUCGGAGCGCGAACGCCGUCUGGGCGUUUUGCGGCGUCUAGUAAAGCAACUGGAAUUGGCGUUGGCCCCUGGUAGUGAAGCGAUGAAGUCCAUUGCAGUGCGCAUGGAGUCCGCUGAAGCAGAGCUCAAAACCUUGCAGAACACCUGUCGCGACUUGAUCGUGCGCACAGCAGCUACACAUCAAAAUAAGAAAAUCCAACAACAAUUACAGCAAACAGAGGCACAGCAACUACAAGUACCUGGAGAAGAAAACGCCAACAAAGAAGUGAACAAACUCAGUGAAAAUGUAAAAGCCAACGGGCAUGCGGGAGACAAGAGAGACAGUGCAACGCAUGGCCAUAACUCUCCCUUAAAACAAAACCCAACAGCAAAAAGAAAUGGUCGUCGCAAUCAAAGCAGGAAUACCACCGAACCAAAUGCUAACGCUGGUAGCAAAAGUACGUCAUCAUCUAAAAACGCAAGGGGCAAUAAAGCGCUGUGCACCGGUUUGACUGCGGGUGCGCCUGAUUCUGGUGAUCCCGCCGACGAUCCGGACUUGGAGUUCGAUUUGGACAUGGCGGACGACAAAGAUGGCAAGUCUUCGCAUAAUAGCUGGGCUUGGCGCAUUGCCAAAGCAGCUGUGCCCAUGCAAUUGGCAUUGAUCACUUUCCUCUGCGCCGCUUGCCUUAUGCAGCCCAAUUGCUGCGACAACCUCAACAAUCUGUCAAUGAGUUUCACGCCUCAACUGCGCUAUAUUCGGGGCCCUCCGCCGAUUUGAAAUAUCUUAUAUCAAUACCCCCAGAUGCUUCCAACAGCGCAACUAAGCAGUCCAGACGCAGCUAAUGGUGCAACUGAGCUUACGUUACUGAGCUUACGCUUACCAGAUAUACCACAGACAUGCAUAGCUUUGUUUUGUACGUUGCAAAUAUGGUAGAAACUGCGGUUGCCAAGAUGGUUGUUUCUUAGGGGUGUAUAGGAACUAACGUAGCCGAUAAGUUUGUUUACAUGUCUUAAUAAACGCAUCAGCGGCACGGGUUAAGGACUUAUCGAUUAAGCAGAUAUCCACGCAGCGCAAUAUUCUUACAUAUAAUCCAAUGGAUUGCAAGUCGAAUCAGCCGUUCAUUCUAAGCCAAACUUGGUUCAUAAGAAGAUGGAGGACUAGCAGACUAGGGCGAUAGAAGGACACUUAAUUUAAUGGAGAGGGUAUUUUAUUUAUUAAGGUUGUAAGAGCAUUUGAAAAAUGGAAAAGGAAAUUUCUAAAAAACAAACAAAAAGAACAAAUACAUUGAAAAACGGGUAUAUUUACAACGAUCCCAUGCUUCACAAGGACUUAUAUUAACGGCAUUAAAAGCAACCAGUUGGAAUUGUUGUCUUCUGAAAGCAUUGAGCGACGUUGCAUUGAUUUGGGUGUUGUGAAAUUUAAGCGUGCCACAUUAUUAUGGGCGUGGAAUGCCACCGACUAAUCCCAAAUUAGUAAAGUUUGUAUUAAGAUAAUGACCAGAGGACAACAAGGCAGCAGAUUGUGCUGUUGCAGUUACAAAAAUUGAAAAUUGGUCGAGGUUUUGAAGCAACAAUUACUAUAAAACACAAGCUUUGCAGUAAGACAGUAGUCCUUACGGAAAACUAGAAUGGGCAUUUUCAAAAGGCCACAAAAUACACACAGCUCAGUUCGAUCAAACAAUCACUAGAAUCGCCACAUGAAAAUAUUAUACAGCGGCUUUUUUGUUUCGAAAACACUAAAGUGCCUGGAAUAUACCGCCCAAAAUAAAAUGGUUGAUUAUACACAUCCCAAAAAAGUUCCUUAUAAAAUGAUCUGAAUUAAUAGAAAAUGCGUAUUGUGGAAUGGAAUUAAACAAUUUAUACAUAUUUUAAAUUACCGGUUGGUGGAUUGACUGACAUUUUACUUUGGACGCUCAAUGCCCACAAAUUCAAGCGGGAUUUCGAAUCAUCGCUAAAAGUCCUUUUCUAUUACAUUAAUAGGUGCAGCAACGGAAACUUACUUUAGGCUAGUUGAUUCGCACUCUACUAAUAUAUGUACAUACAGGGACUCACAGCUUAUUUCUUGUGUUCAUUUAGCUUAAGGAAUAUGUAUGGAAUUGUAAGUUGUAUUCUGAAAGCAAAAAACAAGAAAAAACUUAAAACUACAUUCAAAUUACGAACGCCAAAAAAUAAAUUCAAAGCAACUUUCAAUUUAAAAGGGAUUCUUACAACCAGAACAAAUUACAGCCAAAACGACUUCAGCUUAUUUCGUGUGUUUAGGUAAACUUAAAAUAAUUAUACAAAUUUCAAAAAGAUUUUUACCAACCAAUUUUUAUAUGACAACCUUUUUGUUUUUUAUUUAAACCGAGACUGCAUCGAGCCCACAAGUUUUUUUGUAUAUGGCAUUCGGUUGUUUUUCUGCCUCUUCUCUUCUAACGCCCGUUUUAUGUCCUGCCAGUUGUUAAUGUGAGAAUUCAAGCUCAAGAACUCUGUAAAUUCUCAAUUACAUUGAUUUCGGGCGAUUGCGCUGGGGUUUCAAUCACAAGGAGGCAGUUCCAGAUAAGCCAUGAUUGACAAUAUUCGAUUUGUGUUUGGGUGGUUGUUUUGAUAGAAUCGAAAUUUAUCCCGAGCUAUCCAACACUUUGCAAUGCAAUAUUUUUCGAUAAAUUUAAAUAGGUAGUUUUAUCCCGUCCUGAUGGCCUGCAACCCCAAGCCAUAAUGUGAUCCCUACCGUGUUUUACUGAGCCUCGCAGGUUCUUCGGCGACAGCUGUCAAUUAGGUUGGCCCCAGAUAAACGUCCCCCUCGGAUCGAAAAAUAUUAAAUUUGUUUUCAUCAGUAAACAUUAAGUACUUCCAAAAGGUUCCGUCCUUAUUAAAUGACUUUUAGCAAACUGCAGUCUGGACUUUAUAUUUCGUGCACUAACAAAUGAUUUGUUUUGAGCUGUUCUUUCAUGAAAAUCGGCAUUACGGAAGAUUCUUCAAGCUGUGGGAUCGGUUUACACCGUAUUUUGUUUUUGUUGUAAAUAUUUCUUUUAGAUACUUUGAAUUCAUUUGUUGGUGUUCAUAGUUCAAAUAUAUGAAUCUUUGAAUGUGCAUUUGAGUUUAUUUGAAAAUGUACAUUUCCUUUUGAAUAAAACAUCAGGCGAAGUGGGCUGUGAGUCACUGUAUAUCAAUCUAUGGGUGGUCAUACUCGUACAUGAUAUAUAUGUAUUUUAUUCAUAUCGUAAUCGUGUUGAAAACUCAAUUUUAAAUAUGAGCCAAUUCUAAUUCAAACAAAAGAAAAAUAACGAAAUACUUUAUGCUUAAUAAUUACUUUAAAUUAAGUUACUAAAAUAUGGUUCUAAAAGUAAUUGAUACAUUUUCUAUGCAAUUUAUACUUAUUCUUAGCGUAUAUGCUAAAAAAGGCGAGUCCCGAUUGUUGUUGGAACAACUUCGAAAACGGCUAGCUUAAUUAAAAAAUAGCAUUAAAUAUUUCUCAAUAUUUCUAAAGGAUCUUAAAAUUCUUCUUCUAUGGGCAAUACAAAAAUAUAAAAAAAAACAAUAAAAAUUAUAUUUUACACGCCAGACACACA